CUAAGUGCGACCACGACCAUAAUUUGCCGUGGCUGCGACGUCAGUCGGUACCACUAUCUAUUGCGGGCUGGCAAGCUCAGCUAUACAAAUGUAUGAGCUUUUUGAGAGACUGCCGCGUCUAUAUAUUAUGUAAUAUUAAAAAAUGGGAUGUGAAAAUUAUUCAGCGGGUGAUAUGGUCACUAAAAGUGUCAUUUGGCAAGGAGAAAUUGAUUCAAUUACGCAAAACAAAUUUGACUUCUGGAUGCCUGGGCUUUCUGACUUACUUGAGACAAUAAGUGGAUGCGGUAGUGUAACAAAGACAUCAUAUUUCGUAGCACUGUGGAAGACACUGAACAAUUGCUAUAUCGUCAGAACCAGCUACAAACGUUGUCAGUAGUUGCCAGUAAUUUCGUCUUUUGACCUGGCUCUCACAUUACUAUACACUAAACAAGUUUAUUCUUAUUUCCACCCGCCUUCAAUUCGAAAUGAUGACAAAAGCGCACUCUUACUAAAAUAAUGUCUAACUGC